CUUGGACCAACACUAGCUACUUUCAUUCUGCAUUUCAAUCUUGAGGAAUGGCAAUAAAUUCUCCACAUCAUCAGAUUAUGGAAAUCAGUGGAAUAACAAUGGAAGAUGACAAAUUUUCGGAGCAAGAAAAGGAAGAUGACCAGCUUUCGGAAAUCAGCUGUCAGCUAGAAAUGGAAGAUGACAAAUCUAUGGAGUUCUGGGACCUAGUAUUGGGAGACGAUUGGGAUGAAGUAAUUAAAAAAUACAAUGAAGACAGUAAUUUUCACAAGAUAGAUAUCAAGGGAAGAGGAACAGCAUUACACGUGGCAGUAAGCAUGGGACGACGCGACGACGUAGUGAAAAGUCUUGUAGAAACAAUAGAAAAGCUUGGUGAUGAAAGUAGUUUGAAAAUGAUGAAUGAAAUAGGUGCUACUCCACUUCAUGUUGCAGCAUAUGCAGGAUUCCUAGAUGUGUGUAAACUUAUAAUUGGAAAAGAAGGUCAAAGGAAAUAUUUGAUUCAAGUGAAAAUUUUUGACGGGGAAACACCACUUUUUUGGGCGGUGAAUGCCCGUCAAAUGUCCGUGUUUCUUUAUCUCCAACAAUUUUAUCGUGUUGAUCUCAAUAUUGCUAUCGAUAACAAUUUAACUAGCAUCCUUCAUGUUGCCAUUGACACAGAAAGAUAUGAUAUGGCAAUUAUAAUAAUGCAUCACUACAAAGUUCUUACCAUUCUGAAAAAUAAGGAUGACAUCACUCCUCUCGAAAUUCUUGCUACUAAGACAUCAGCUUUCAUAAGUAGAAAUACACUGUCAUGGCGGCAACGAAUUUUGUACUACUGUCUUCCUUUACGCAACCAUGAUGCAAAAGAAGUAUUGAAAUCUUUAAAGCGGAGGACUAUUUUUAAAGCAAAAGUAAAGAACGUUUUUUGA